AUGCCGCGAAUGCUGCAAAGGCUAUCAAUGCCCGCAGAUUAUCGCCAUGUGGCCGGGAAACAAUGGAACACCCCGUACGGCGGCUUCUGGAACUAUAUUUACUCGGAAGCCAGCAACUGGCCGUGGGACUGGAUGUACUUCACACGGCUGGUCAACGACAUUGGCAACAAUCGUCUGAUGAUCAAGCAGCCUGGCACGAGGCCACGGAUCAGGCAUUGGCCAGUGGCCUUAUUUGGGAAAUUCCACAGAUUACUCGCAAUCAAAGAAACACCAACGAGAUCUCUACUUGGGCGUCCGAUAUCAGCUACAUUACAGCCUGUUACGUCGAUUAUCCGUGUCAACGGCCAGCAAUCUACCGCGCCAGCGACCUGGUUAUCGCAUGGACCAAAGCAGGGCCGGUUCCUUCGCCCCUUCGAUCAAACUACCAAACAAACCAAUCUCUCAGGCUCCAAGUUCUAUGCAGCCAGCUCUGGAGGCUUUAUCUCACAAGGGUAA